AAUUCUUGCAACAACAUGCAGCACUGUAGAAAGGACGGAAAUGGAUUUAUUAUCAAAAGGACCUGCAUGUUUGGGCUCUGUACGUAAGAAAUAAAACCAUUUUGGUACUCAUCGAGUAUGCGUAAAUCUCACCUGCACAAAGUGUGAUCCACAACUCCCACCAAAUGGCAAAAAGUAUUAUGGUAGCUUAUGCCCUCUGGGCAGGAGGUGGGCUUUUUGGGCUUCACCAUUUCUAUUUGGGAAGAGACAGCCAUGCUCUGUUGUGGAUGCUAACGCUGGGAGGUUUUGGCAUCGGUUGGUUCCGAGAGAUUGUCCGUCUUCCUGUGUAUGUUGAUGAAGCCAAUGGAGAAGCAGAAAAUGACAGAAGACGUUCUACAUCCGUGCCUCCACCAGUAAACCCAGUUAGAUUUGCUGGCCAGGUGUGUGUUGGCAUCUACUUCGGCACCGUGGCUCUGAUUGGACUGAGCUCCUUCAGCUUCUUCUACUUGAUAGUUCUGCCUCUAUGUGUGGGUGCUGGGGUGCAUCUGGUGUCCACUGCUGGCCAACAGACCUCUGAUCUCUCACAAACACUCACAGCCAGUCUCAUAACCUCGUCCAUAUUCUAUGGCAGCACUUUAUCCCCUCUUCCUGUCAGCCUGGCGGCCAGUUUCACCGCUGCUCAGCAUCGCCGGUACAAGAAACCCCGGGCGGGAACGAAGGAACUUGGUCCAAGGCUUUACAGGCUGGGUCUUGCUUGGCUGGCCUUCUCUGCCCCGUUAGCGUACUGUGUUUUCCAUAAUACCACGGCCAUAUUGUACCGCCUGUCAGACUGUGUGGCAGCACUGCUGGAUAUUUUCUGGUUUCUCCCUUGGCUUCGGAAUGUGCUGGAGUACAUUUUCUUAAUGCCGUAUCGCAUCCUGUGCGUUUUCACUGGAGGGGGGUACUACGAAGAGACCUGGAAGAAGAUGCUGGAGAUACUGCUUAAAGACUACACCGAGAAGGAAAAAGAGGCCUUAGAGUUGUUAUCCUUGGGGUCAGAAGCCUCUCUUGAAGAGAUAACUCGUGGCUAUAGAGAGCUGGCUAAAGCGUGGCACCCGGACCACAACCCGAGUAAGGACGCCGAGGCAACGUUUGUGAAAAUCCAGCAGGCGUAUGAUGUUCUUCUCAGGCGCCACAGGCCACGCCGCUUCACAUAGCCAUGCCUAUCCCCCCCUAAAAGGACACGUGGUUGGCUCAGGAAUGUGUGAAUGUACCAAAAGAAGAUGUACAGCAUCAUUGACAUCCUUGUACUUGGCAAACAUUAUUGUAUUAUUGACAGAGUGGGUGCUCUCCUUGGCGGAAAACAGCAGUUUGCUGCCCUCUUGUGGUGGAUUGCACGACUGCACUAUCACAUCAGCGUACAGAACAUCAUAGUUAAUGUGUUUUUGCUAUUUAAUAUCACUAUUACAAAGUUUUGUCUUUUUAAUUUUCCGAAUUUUCACAUUUGCGCUCAAAGUAUGAUUUCAUGAAGCAGUCGUACAAAUAAAAUGACGUAACAUAAAGACAUAUAACAUAAACAAUAAGCCGUAAAAUAAGCAGACUCACAAUGUGUGUUGUUCUUCACCAUC